AGACUGGAGCACCGGACCGACUUGUAGUCUCGUUCUGACGGGAUUAUCGCGAGAAGUGAGCCCUCGUAUAUAUUCUUCAGUCGAGGCUGCCAGUUCUCGUUCUCUCUUGGGUCUCUUCAUCUGGCGUGAAAAGAAUUGAGUUAUCCAGUUAAACCGAAGAUGGCUGCAGGCAAAGCACAAAUUGGAAAGCUGGCUCCAGACUUCACAGCGAAGGCGGUGAUGCCAGACGGACAGUUUAACGACCUGACGCUUUCCAGCUACAGAGGGAAAUAUGUUGUCUUUUUCUUCUAUCCACUGGACUUCACCUUUGUUUGUCCUACUGAGAUCAUCGCUUUCAGUGACGCUGCCGAUGACUUCAAGAAGAUCGGCUGUGAGGUCAUCGCCGCCUCUGUUGACUCUCACUUCUCUCAUUUUGCAUGGAUCAACCUGCCUCGAAAGCAGGGUGGCCUAGGUACCAUGAAGAUUCCCAUGGUGUCGGACACGCGGCGCACCAUCUCCACAGAUUAUGGUGUCCUGAAGGAGGAUGAGGGGAUUGCCUACAGAGGUCUGUUCAUCAUUGACGACAAGGGCAUCCUGAGGCAGAUCACCAUCAACGACCUCCCGGUCGGACGCUCCGUUGAGGAGACCCUUCGUCUGGUCCAAGCCUUUCAGUUCACCGACAAACAUGGAGAAGUCUGCCCAGCUGGCUGGAAACCAGGAAGUGACACCAUCAAACCGGACGUCCAGAAGAGCAAAGACUUCUUCUCCAAGCAGUAACCGGCCCCAGCCCAGGGUGUGCCGCCUGCUGUAGGAGAUUUCAUUUAGAGAUGACGUUUAAAGUACGAAGGCCUGUGGAAGAGUAGUUGGGAGCCUGUGUUUUUGUCAACAUGCUGUUUGUGUGAAUAGUGCCAUUAUGGCCAAAGUAUAUGGUUGUGUAAUUAUGAUGUGGUAAUGUGUACUAUUUUCACUGUCAGGCUGAGCUACGUGUCUGUUUGCAUAGUAUGAGACUGAGGUUAUGUUCAUAUGGAAAUGGUUUCCAUGUUUAACAUUUCAACACUUGAGUAAUGUGUAAAGUUCAGAAUAAAUGAGCUUUUCCCGAA